AUGGCAUCACAAGUAGCAAAGUCUUUAUUAAAAGUUUCGUGUCCUAGUUCUACCGUCAAGUUUGAUACCGCUAGACGUGCUCUGAGUGUAAGUGCAGCAUUGCAGCAAAAGAAAACUCUCCCGGAUCGCACUGGCAAGAAUGUGGUCCUAGUUGAUGGGGUAAGGACACCUUUCCUGGUGUCCUUCACUGAUUAUGCUAAGAUGAUGCCGCAUGAAUUAGCAAGGCACUCUUUGCUUGGCCUGCUGCAAAAGACUGGAAUACCUAAAGAGGUUGUUGACUACAUUGUUUAUGGUACGGUCAUCCAAGAGGUUAAGACAUCAAACAUUGGCCGUGAGGCAGCCCUAGCCGCAGGGUUCAGUGACCGCACGCCAGCGCAUACAGUUACCAUGGCUUGUAUCUCAUCGAAUCAAGCUAUAACAACAGGUGUGGGCAUGAUCGCAGCCGGAGCGUACGAUGUGAUUGUCGCUGGUGGCGUGGAGUUCAUGUCCGACGUGCCCAUCAGGCACUCGCGCAAAAUGCGCGCCCUCCUGUUGCGUCUGAACCGCGCCAAGACACCAGCGCAGCGCCUCUCCCUACUCGCCUCCAUUCGGCCGGACUUCUUCGCACCCGAGCUGCCCGCCGUGGCGGAGUUCUCUUCGGGGGAGACUAUGGGCCACAGCGCCGACCGCUUGGCCGCCGCCUUCGGGGCCAGCCGCCAGGAGCAGGACGAUUACGCGCUUCGCUCGCACACGCUGGCGGCGAAGGCGCGGGACAGCGGCUACUUCACGGACCUCGUGCCGAUCAAGGUCGAGGGAAAAGACGCCCUGGUGGAGAAGGACAACGGCAUCAGGGUCUCCACUCCGGAGCAGCUGCAGAAGCUGAAGCCGGCGUUCAUCAAGCCGCACGGCUCCGUCACCGCGGCGAACGCGUCCUUCCUGACCGACGGCGCCUCGGCCUGCCUCAUAAUGUCCGAAGCCAAGGCUAAGGAGUUGGGCCUGAAACCGAAGGCUUACGUCCGUGACUUCACAUACGUGGCGCAGGACCCCGUGGACCAAUUGCUGCUGGGCCCCGCCUAUGGCAUACCCAAGAUCCUGAGCAAAGCUGGCCUCAAGAUGAGCGACAUCGACACCUGGGAGAUACACGAGGCGUUCGCUGGUCAAAUCCUAGCGAAUCUGAAGGCCCUGGACUCUGAUUGGUUUGCUCAAACCUACCUUGGGCUGCAAUCAAAGGUGGGCAACCCAGACUUGAAGAAGUGGAAUGCUUGGGGCGGUUCUCUUUCCAUCGGGCAUCCAUUCGCUGCUACAGGAGUGAGGCUAGCGAUGCACACCGCCCACCGGCUGGUGCGCGAGGACGGGCAGCUGGGGCUGAUCUCAGCAUGCGCGGCCGGCGGCCAGGGCGUGGCCAUGCUGCUCGAGAGGCACCCCGACGCUAAACCCGAA